AUGUCUUUUGCUCCUGAACUUAGAAGCCAUUCACAAAAAGUAUGUAAUUUUUAUAAACGAGCCAUGAGAACUCUUGAAGCUUAUCAUGUUGCAAGAUAUGUUAUACGUUACCAUCAAGUUAUUUUACGUAAUGAAUUGGACAAAAAUAAGGCAGUUUGCGACCCUAAAGAACAUCGUCGAUUAUUAAGAGUGGCAGAAAACGAAUUGUUUAUGAGUCAGCAUCCUAUCCCGGUGGCUAAAUUUGCUAGAUCGGUGGGUAUUGCCGGCGGUGUAGCCUACGAUCGUGUUCAAGUGAUACCUGAUUGGGUAAUGGAUUAUUGGCAUCCUCUAGAAAAGGCACAUUAUCCUGAAUAUUUCAAGAGACGUGAGUGUAGGAAAUGUGAAUACAUUAAGAAAUGGAAUGAUGGUGAAAUACGUUAG